CCUGCGGCCUCGCGGCCCCUCGCGGUGGUUCCGCCCCGGGAAUCCCGGGGUUCCUUUUGUCUGUCAGCUGGACUGAGACCGGAACUGGAGGCGAAUCCCAGCCCCAGCGCGGGGAGGAGUCUGCCCGGCCCGGGCGCCCGCCAGGCCAGAGCCGGGCCUGGGUCUGCUUAUCCUUCCUGCCCGCAGGACCGUCCCCUGCGCCUUCUGUUGUUGUUGUUAACCCCGUCCUGCCCACAGCUGCCGCCCUGGCCAGCAGGCCUGCGUGUCACAAGCCCUGACGGGCGUGCUGCCCAGGCCAGUGGACGCAGCCUUGACCGGCUAGACCCACUCAGGCGCCUCCCCAGGCGCCUUCCCUCCGGCUGGGUCUUUUUGCUGGAAUGGAAGAGGUUCCUGUGGGGCACAGAGGCCCCUUCGCCUUAGUAAGGUCUUAAGAAUCUAGGGUGGCGAUUAAAAUCACAGUGUUUGGGAAGCAUAAGCAUAAAGGAAGAAAAAUACAGGAAAAUGUAAUUAUGAUGUUGCAAGAUUGUCCAAGUUUCUCAAAGCACAGAGCGUGAAGCCUAGUAGGUCUGAGAUGUUUUAGCAGGGCAAGUGUAUCUUUCAAGCAAGUUCGCAAUCGAUGAUAUUUUGCACUAAGAUAUUUCUCUUUGCUUUAUUUUAGUUACUUGUGGGAGCUGUUGAUUACCUGGACACCUUAAGCCAAAACACCUCACAGACCUGCCCUCUUGAAAAAUGCCUUUUGUGAACGCUGUGAACUCAGAAGGUGUCGGCAGUGGCCUGUCUUCCACCACCUAAGAAACCGUGCUCCGAAGCUGCUCUGACGGGGCAGGGUCCAGACUGACCACGUCCUUCUAGGGGGAAGCGCCCGCCCCCGCCAGCCCCUGGGGGCAGUCACUGUAGGGGGCGCCUCCCCGCGUCUUCAGAUGCAGGGUUCUCGCAUGGGACCUGGAGAGCCACCGGGCACAGCCUGAAAGAAAUCCUGAGCACCCCAGGGUGGCCUCCUCUGCAGCCCACCACCCCAGCUCGACGUGGCCAUGGGGCCGUGCCCCGCAGCCCCCUGGCACAGGGAGCGAGCCAGCCAGCCGAGCACUGGGCCGCAACCCUGCAGCUGGACGGCGAGCCCCCUAGAUACCCGGCCAGGCCCGGCCCCUGCCCGUCGGAAGGCAGCUUAGUAUGCGCCUGUGUCCUCGCGGGUGGGGAAGCCUGCGUGGACGCGGCCGGGGUCUGGCGCGCGUGGGAGAGAAGCCGAUCAUGACGAAUCCCUGGGAAGAGCCCACCUGCGGGAUGGCCCAGACCAGCCUGCUGCAGGGGAAGCCGUUCUACUGCCGGGAGUGGGUGUUCCACAAGCUGCAGCACUGCCUGCAGGAGAAGGCCAGCGCCCCGGCCCCGGCCCCGAGUCCCGUUGGUGGCAGCGUUGACGGCAGCGCGGGCCCCGGGAGGACCGCCGCCUGGGGCGUGCUGCUGGUGGGUGGGCCUGGCAGUGGCAAGACGGCACUGUGCACGGAGCUUCUGUGGCCCAGCUCGCCCGCCGGCCUGCAACGGGGCCUGCACCGCCAGGCUCUGGCCUUCCACUUUUGCAAAGCCCAGGACGCCGACACCCUGUGCGCGGGAGGCUUUGUGCGAGGCCUGGUGGCCCAGAUCAGCCGCAGCGGACUGCUCCCAGGCUACGAGGACAAGCUCAGGGACCCCGCCGUGCAGAGGCUCUUGGAGCCCGGGGAGUGUGAGCGGAACCCCGCAGAGGCCUUUAAAAGGUGUGUGCUGCUCCCCCUCCUGGGCAUGGCGCCCCCGCCCGAGAGCCUGUACCUCCUGGUGGACUCCGUGGACGAGGGCUGCGGCGCCGCCGAGGGCGAGCACUCGGCCGCCGGCCUCUCCGGGACGGUGGCGGAGCUGCUGGCCGGCCACCACGAGUUCUUCCCGCCUUGGCUCUUGCUCCUAUGCUCUGCGCGGAAGCAGAGCAAAGCCGUCACCAAGAUGUUCACAGGCUUCCGCAAGAUCAGCCUGGACGACCUCCGGAAGGCCUACGUCGUGAAGGACGUGCAGCAGUACAUCCUGCACCGCCUGGACCGCGAGGAGGCGCUGCGGCAGCACCUCACCAAGGAGACGGCCGAGAUGCUCAACCAGCUGCACAUCAAGAGCAGCGGCUGCUUCCUCUACCUGGAGCGCGUGCUGGACGGCGUGGCCGAGAGCUUCAUCACGCUGCGGGAGGUCCGCGACAUCCCCGGCACCCUCAACGGCCUCUACCUCUGGCUGUGCCAGAGGCUCUUUGUCAGGAAGCAGUUCGCCAAGGUCCAGCCGAUCCUGAACGUGAUCCUCGCGGCCUGCCGCCCGCUGACCGUCACGGAGCUGUACCACGCCGUGUGGACCAGGAGCAUGUCGCUGACCGCGGACGACUUCCAGCGCAAGCUGGACGUCCUGGCCAAGCUGCUGGUGGACGGGCAGGGCGGCACCAAGACGCUGUUCCACUACAGCUUCGCGGAGUGGCUGCUGGACGUGAAGCACUGCACGCAGAAGUACCUGUGCAACGCGGCCGAGGGCCACCGCAUGCUGGCCAUGAGCUGCACCUGCCGCGCCCCGCGCCUCUCGGCCCUGGAGGCGCAGGAGUUCGCGCUGCACCUGACGCGCUCCAACCUGAAGCUGGCGGCAGCGGAGCUGGCGCUGUGGAUGGUGUGGAGCGGCGCCCCCGUGCGGGACGCGCUGUGCACGCUGGUGCCCACGGAGCAGGAGGUGCUGCAGCUGCUGGUGAAGGCGGGCGCCCGCGUCAACAGUGAGGACGACCGGGCCUCCUGCAUCGUGCGGCAGGCCCUGGAGCGGGAGGACUCCAUCCGGACCCUGCUGGACAACGGAGCCUCCGUGAACCGGCGUGACAGCAGCGGGAGGACACUGCUGGGCAGCGCCGCCUACAGCGGCAACCUGGACGUGGUCAACCUGCUGGUGUCCCGGGGGGCGGACCUGGAGAUCGAGGACGCCCGCGGCCACACGCCUCUCACUCUGGCCGCCCGGCAGGGCCACACCAAGGUGGUCAACUGCCUGAUCGGGCGGGGCGCCAACGUCAACCACACAGACCGGGACGGGUGGACAGCCCUGCGCUCGGCCGCCUGGGGCGGCCAUUCGGAGGUGGUCUCGGCGCUGCUGCGCGCAGGCGUGCUGGUGGACUGCGCUGACGCCGACAGCCGGACCGCGCUGCGCGCCGCGGCCUGGGGCGGCCACGAGGACAUCGUGCUGAGCCUGCUGCGGCACGGCGCCGAGGCCAACAAGGCGGACAAGGAGGGCCGCACCGCGCUCAUCGCCGCCGCCUACAUGGGCCACCGCGAGAUCGUGGGGCUGCUGCUGGAGCACCGGGCGCAGCUGGACCACGAGGACGCCGACGGCCGCACCGCGCUGUCUGUGGCCGCGCUCUGCGUGCCGGCCAGCAAGGGCCACGCGGCGGUGGUCAGCCUGCUGAUCGACCGCGGGGCGGAGGUGGACCACUGCGACAAGGACGGCAUGACCCCGCUGCUGGUGGCCGCCUACGAGGGCCACGUGGACGUGGUGGAGCUGCUGCUGGAGGGCGGCGCAGACGUGGACCACACGGACCACAACGGGCGCACGCCCCUGCUGGCCGCCGCCUCCAUGGGCCACGCGGCCGUGGUGAACACGCUGCUGUUCUGGGGCGCGGCCGUGGACAGCAUUGACGGCGAGGGCCGCACCGUGCUCAGCAUCGCCUCGGCCCAGGGCAACGUGGAGGUGGUGCGGACCCUGCUGGACCGUGGGCUGGACGAGAACCACCGGGACGACGCCGGCUGGACGCCGCUGCACAUGGCGGCCUUCGAGGGCCACCGGCUCAUCUGCGAGGCCCUGAUGGAGCAGGGUGCGCGGGCCAACGAGAUGGACAAUGACGGCCGCAUCCCGUCCAUCCUGGCCGCCCAGGAGGGCCACUACGACUGCGUGCAGGCGCUGCUGGAGGGCAAGUGCAGCGUGGACCACCGGGGCUACGACGGCAGGAACGCUCUGCGCGUGGCUGCCCUGGAGGGCCACCGGGACGUGGUGGAGCUGCUGCUCAGCCACGGCGCCGACGUGGACUGCAAGGACGCCGACGGCCGUCCCACGCUCUACAUCCUAGCCCUGGAGAACCAGCUGGCCAUGGCCGAGUGCCUGCUGGAGAACGGGGCAGACGUGGAGGCCAGCGACGCCGAGGGCAGGACCGCGCUGCACGUGUCCUGCUGGCAGGGCCACCUGGAGGUGGUGCGGGCGCUGCUGGCCCACCACGCCGACGUCAACGCCGCGGACAGGGAGCGGCGCUCGGCGCUGCAGUCGGCCGCCUGGCAGGGCCACGUCCGGGUGGUGCAGCUGCUGCUGGAACGGGGCGCCGGCGUGGACCACACCUGCAACCAGGGCGCCACCGCCCUCUGCAUCGCCGCCCAGGAGGGCCACCUGGAUGUGGUGCGCGUGCUGCUGGAGCGGGGUGCUGACCCCAGCCACGCCGACCAGUUCGGGCGCACGGCCAUGCGCGUGGCUGCCAAGAACGGGCACUCCCAGAUCAUCAAGCUGCUGGAGACGCACGGGGCGGCCGGCCUCAACGGCUGCGCGCCUUCCCCGGUCCACGCCUCCGAGCAGAAGCCAGCACCGGCCGCAGCGCCGUCCAGCAGCUCGGGCAGCACGGGCGGGGGCGAGGCGCAGCCCUCCCUGCGGGGCCUGCCCGGGGGGCCAGCCCCUGCCUUCAGCUCCCCCUCCGAGUCCCCGGACUCCACAGCCGACCGGCAGAAGUGCUCGCUGUCCAGCUACUCCCUGAAGAGCUCAAAGACCUCCUCGCUGAGGACCACAUCGUCCACGGCCACGGCGCAGACGGUGCCCAUGGACAGCGUCCACGGCCUGACCUUCACGGAGCAGAUCCAGCAGCACUCGCUGCCCCGCAGCCGCAGCCGCCAGUCCGUGGCGUCCCCGCCCCGCCGCGCACUCGCCCGGCCCGGCCAGCGCUCGCCCAGCAGUGAGUGCGAGUGGGGCCCGGCCAGGCCCAGCCUCAGGCCGGCGAGAACCAGCCCGGGAGGGCGGGCGGAGACCCCGGGCAGGCCGGGUGCGGCGGGGCGCAGGGCCGAGCAGGGCGCGCAGCCCAAGGUGGCCGAGUACGAGAUGACGCCGCUCGACCGGCAGGCCCAGGCGCCCCCCGCGGCCGCCGCACAGGAUGCCGGGCGCCCCCCACCGCCGCCGCUCGGGCCCCAGCAGGGCGGAGAGCAGAAGAAGAGAAACGGCAUCGUCACGAACCCCAACUACCACCUCCAGGGCAGCCAGGUGUUCCUGGGGAGGGUCUGCCCGCGGGCCGUGCAGGACCCGGGGCACCCGGAGGCGCUGGAGGGGUACCCCUGCCCCGAGGCGGAGCUGAGCCUCAAGCAGGCCCUGCGGCUGCAGAUCGAGAGCCCCGACCCCAGCUUCAGCUAUAAAAAGGAGACACCCCUGUGAGAGGGGCCGCCCCGGCCAGGACUGGCCUCGUGCCCACCCAGUCCCUCUGCGCCUCAGGCCGUGGGCCCCGGCGGGGGUGGGUCCUGCUGGGGCGGGGCCACGCUGGGCAGCCGGGCUGGAACU